AUGAGCGCACCCGUGCCCAGCGGCUGGACUCCGCUGCCGGGCGUGCCGCCUCCCCGCGGGGAGCCCGAAACGCGCUCGGCUAUGGCCGAGGGCGCAGCCAGCAGGGAGGGUCCAGCGCCGACAGACGCGGCCGGGAGCGAAGACGACCCCCGAGUGGGCCCGGACGUCGCCUCCGGGGACGGCGUGGUGGCGGCCCCUGGGGGCCAGUGGAGGGGCCGUCGCAGCGGGAUCGCGCUGCCCAGCGCUGCAGGGGCCCCGGCGGACGGCGAGGCCGGCCUCCUGGAGGCUGCGCGGGCGACCCCCCGGCGCAGCAGCAUCAUCAAGGAUCCUGCAAACCAAAAAUGUGGUGGAAGAAAGAAAACCGUGUCUUUCAGCAGCAUGCCAUCAGAAAAGAAAAUCAGUAGCGCGAGUGACUGCAUCAGCUUCAUGCAAGCUGGCUGUGAACUGAAGAAAGUACGGCCAAAUUCUCGCAUUUACAACCGUUUUUUCACUCUGGACACAGACCUCCAAGCUCUUCGCUGGGAACCUUCCAAGAAAGACCUUGAGAAAGCUAAGCUUGAUAUUUCUGCCAUAAAAGAGAUCCGACUGGGGAAGAACACAGAAACAUUUAGAAACAAUGGCCUUGCUGACCAGAUUUGUGAGGACUGUGCCUUUUCCAUACUCCACGGGGAAAACUACGAGUCUCUGGACCUAGUUGCCAAUUCAGCAGAUGUAGCAAACAUCUGGGUGUCAGGGUUACGGUAUCUGGUUUCUCGAAGUAAGCAACCCCUUGAUUUUAUGGAGGGCAACCAGAACACACCAAGGUUUAUGUGGUUGAAAAAGGUGUUUGAAGCAGCAGAUAUCGAUGGGAAUGGGAUUAUGUUGGAAGACACCUCUGUAGAGUUAAUAAAACAACUCAACCCUACCCUGAAGGAAUCCAAGAUCAGGUUAAAGUUUAAAGAAAUCCAGAAGAGCAAAGAAAAGCUAACCACCCGAGUGACAGAAGAGGAGUUUUGUGAAGCUUUUUGUGAACUUUGCACCAGGCCAGAAGUGUAUUUCUUACUUGUACAGAUAUGUAAAAACAAAGAGUAUUUGGAUGCCAAUGAUCUCAUGCUUUUUUUAGAAGCUGAGCAAGGAGUCACCCAUAUCACCGAGGACAUGUGCUUAGACAUCAUUCGGAGAUAUGAGCUUUCUGAAGAGGGACGUCAGAAAGGGUUUCUUGCAAUUGAUGGCUUUACCCAGUAUUUGUUGUCACCAGAAUGCGACAUUUUUGAUCCUGAACAAAAAAAGGUUGCCCAAGAUAUGACCCAGCCAUUAUCUCACUAUUACAUCAAUGCCUCUCACAACACCUAUCUCAUAGAAGACCAGUUCAGGGGGCCGGCUGACAUUAACGGGUAUGUUAGAGCUUUGAAAAUGGGCUGUCGAAGCAUUGAACUUGAUGUAAAUGAUGGUUCAGACAAUGAACCAAUCCUUUGUAAUCGAAAUAACAUGACAACACAUGUUUCCUUUCGAAGCGUCAUAGAGGUGAUAAAUAAAUUUGCCUUUGUGGCUUCUGAGUACCCACUCAUUCUUUGCUUGGGGAAUCACUGCUCCCUACCCCAGCAGAAGGUAAUGGUUCAACAGAUGAAAAAGGUCUUUGGCAGUAAACUCUAUACUGAAGCACCUGUGCCGUCAGAAUCCUACCUCCCAUCACCAGAAAAAUUAAAAAGAAUGAUCAUUGUGAAAGGAAAGAAAUUGCCUUCUGAUCCAGAUGUUUUAGAAGGAGAAGUUACAGACGAAGAUGAAGAAGCUGAAAUGUCUCGAAGGAUGUCAGUAGAUUACAAUGGUGAGCAGAAACAAAUCUUGCUGUGCAGGGAGCUCUCUGACUUGGUGUCUAUCUGUAAAUCUGUUCAGUACAGGGAUUUUGAACUAUCUAUGAAAAGCCAAAACUAUUGGGAAAUUUGUUCAUUUAGUGAAACAGAGGCCAGCCGAAUUGCAAAUGAAUACCCAGAGGAUUUUGUAAAUUAUAAUAAGAAGUUCUUAUCACGAAUCUAUCCAAGUGCCAUGAGAAUCGAUUCCAGUAACUUGAAUCCACAGGACUUUUGGAAUUGUGGCUGUCAGAUUGUGGCAAUGAAUUUCCAGACUCCGGGUCCAAUGAUGGACCUUCACACAGGCUGGUUUCUUCAAAAUGGAGGAUGUGGUUAUGUUCUAAGGCCGUCUAUCAUGCGCGAUGAAGUUUCUUACUUCAGUGCAAAUACAAAGGGCAUUGUACCUGGGGUGUCUCCUCUAGUGCUUCAUAUUAAGAUCAUCAGUGGUCAGAACUUCCCAAAGCCCAAGGGAGCUUGUGCCAAAGGGGAUGUCAUAGAUCCCUACGUGUGUAUAGAGAUACAUGGAAUUCCAGCCGACUGUUCAGAACAAAGAACUAAAACUGUACAACAAAACAGUGAUAAUCCUAUUUUUGAUGAGACAUUUGAGUUUCAAGUGAACCUGCCUGAGCUGGCCAUGAUCCGUUUUGUGGUUCUGGACGACGACUACAUCGGGGAUGAGUUUAUAGGGCAAUAUACAAUACCAUUUGAAUGUUUGCAGCCUGGAUAUCGGCAUGUUCCCCUCCGCUCCUUUGUGGGUGACAUCAUGGAGCAUGUAACUCUUUUUGUCCACAUAGCAAUAACUAAUAGAAGUGGAGGAGGAAAGCCACAGAAGCGCAGCCUUUCAGUGAGAAUGGGGAAGAAAGUUCGAGAAUAUACCAUGCUCAGGAAUAUCGGUCUUAAAACCAUAGAUGACAUCUUUAAGAUAGCAGUUCAUCCCUUACGAGAAGCCAUAGAUAUGAGAGAAAAUAUGCAGAAUGCCAUAGUGUCUGUUAAAGAACUGUGCGGACUCCCUCCAAUUGCCAAUCUGAAGCAGUGCCUGUUGACCCUGUCCUCUCGGCUCAUUACCAGUGACAAUACUCCCUCCGUCUCUCUUGUGAUGAAGGACAACUUUCCUCAUCUGGAGCCUCUGGGGGCCAUUCCAGACGUGCAGAAAAAGAUGCUGGCUGCUUAUGAUCUGAUGAUCCAAGAGAGCCGGUUUCUCAUAGAAAUGGCAGACACAGUCCAGGAAAAGAUCGUGCAGUGUCAGAAAGCAGGGAUGGAGUUCCAUGAGGAACUUCAUAAUCUGGGGGCAAAAGAAGGCUUGAAAGGAAGAAAACUCAACAAAGCAACUGAGAGCUUUGCUUGGAACAUUACAGUACUGAAGGGCCAAGGAGAUCUGUUGAAGAAUGCCAAGAAUGAAGCUAUAGAGAACAUGAAGCAGAUCCAGCUGGCGUGCUUGUCUUGUGGCCUUAGUAAAGCCCCCAGCAGUGGUGCCGAGGCCAAGAACAAGCGCAGCCUGGAGGCCAUAGAGGAGAAGGAGAGCAGCGAGGAAAAUGGGAAGCUGUGA